AUGAAUAGAAUUAGAAAUAUAGUUUGCAAAUAUAAUGUUGCAGCAACAACAACAUCGGAUUACUGUUUAAGGUCAUCUUUUCUAAAAUUAAAUAUAAACUUUUACACACCACCACUAACAACACCACCACCAACAAUAGUAUCAACUUCAUCUUUAUCUACCACAUUUAUAUAUAAUAACCAAAAUCAUAAAACAUUUGCAUUUAAUAAAAACUAUUAUUCAACAAACAACAGCAAUAACAAUAACAAAAAUAGUAAUAACAAUAAAAUAAAAAACAAAGAAACAACAAAAACAACUAUAACAACCUCAUACGACCAAAUCAAUGAUUUUUCAUAUCAUAUCAAUCAAUUAGUUAAACAAGCUGAUCUAUAUUAUAAAGAACAUAACUAUAGUAAAGCAAUCGAAAUUUUUUCACAGGCAUUGAAACAAUGUAAUGAUAAGAUCGAAGGUGCAUUGUUGAAUGCACGUAUUGCAGCUGCGCGAUUCAUGAUGGGACAGCGUGACUUGGCCAGUCACAAUCUGAGUGAAGCGUUGAAAUCGAUUCCCUAUCGACACGAAGAGACCUACAGGCUGCUGUCGCUGAAUGCUUUCAUGAUCGAAUACGAAUACGACAAUGUCGUCGACAAAGAGAGUUCGCGUGCGAAAACCUUGCUCGCUCACGCCAUACGUCGAUGGGAGUCGGUCAUUGAUUGCGACGACUCCAAGCCGGACGGCUACGUUGGCAAAGGCCGAUGUCUCCUGAAAGCGGAGCGUCCCGAGAUGAACAACUGCUUCCACCUCAGAGACAAAGCGCUGGCGUGCAACUAUCAUCACCCACCGACCCAGACCUACGCAGCGGAACUUCUCAUUCUCCAGAGCAAAGAAAGACUGGCACUGCAACUACUCAAUCUAUUUUUCAACAACUACCAAGAGUUUUAUAAAUCUACAAGAGUAUACAGAUUAUGUCAUUUGGAAGCAAUGAAUUGGGAGGAUGCUAUAAGAGAUUUUACAUCAUCGAUGAACUAUUUGGCAGAAGCUGAGCAUCCAGCUAUCAAAUUUUAUAGAGCUAGAUGUUUUAAUAAAUUAAAACUAUUUGAAAAGGCAAUUGAAGAUUAUUCAGAAUGUAUAAAAUUUAAUCCAACUCAUAUCGAUGCUUAUAAAGAAAGAAGUGAAGCUUAUCUUGGAGUCGGUAAUUUUAUAAUGGCAGACAAAGAUAAAAAGGUAUUUUUAGAAGAUAGACAAAGGAGAAAGGAACAAAGACAACAAUCAAUGGAUAUGUAUAUGAUGGAUAGAAAAGAAAAACAAAUAAGAUAUUUAAUUUCCAAAGGUAAAGGAAAUAAGAAUUCAUAA